AUGUCAAAGCUCAAUCUUAAUUUGUCUGCCUCAUUGAACAUUUUCAAGCUUAUCGCUAAGCCUUCACUAUGUCUGCCCCACGUUACAGUUCCAACGUUCAAUGACCUGCCUAUCCCUCUUAACAAAGCCUUUUCCGGCAAUGGCGAGAAGAAGGUUGACAUAAAGGCUGUCGUGCUCGACAAAGAUGACUGCUUUGCCUAUCCUGAUCACAAUGAAGUGUAUGAGGCUUACAAGGAACGCAUGGAGGCCCUACGAGCAGCAUACCCAGGACGCCGUCUUCUGAUCGUCUCCAACACUGCUGGUGCCCUAAGCUGGGACAAGGACGGCCAGAUGGCAUCCGCAGUUGAAAAGGCCACCGGCAUCACUGUUCUCCCUCAUGGUGUGAAAAAGCCAGGCUGCGGAGACGAGAUUAUGUCCUACUUCCGUGCCCACCCAGAAACCGGUGUCACCAGUCCUCACCAGAUCGCCGUCGUGGGAGACCGACUGGCCACUGACAUGAUGCUUGCCAACAUGAUGGGUAGCUAUGGCAUCUGGAUCAAGGAUGGAGUUGUUCCCCACCAGCAGAAGAGCAUCUGGUCGAGAGUUGAGAGGACUGUUGCGCCCUUCCUUGUAUCCCGUGGUUAUACCGCUCCUGAGCCAGUGAGCCCCUUUGAGUAA